AUGAACUUUCUCAAUCGCUUAUUCGGAAGAAGCACUGAUACUAAGUACAAGUAUCGCAGCGCCAAACUCCCGAAGGAACCUCUUACGCCGCGCGAGAUUGAGGAGAUGCACAGGAAGCUACAUCCCGAUACACACAUAUAUAACGCGGCUUCACCAAAGCCCGUAUUCGACCCCGGCGACUGGAGUGUGCCUUAUACGCAAUCAUUAGAAGAAAAACUCCCUGCUAUCGGCUCGCUUCACCAGGCGCAAUCAAAAUCAUUGCUGUUUAGCAGAUUACCGGUGGAGGUUCGCAUGCAGAUCUGGCGCCUUGUUGUCGGCAAUCACAAGGUUCACCUGACUGUGCAUCGUGGCAGACUUAUACAAUCUGUGUUCGAAUCAGAAAAUUAUCAGUGGUUGCCGCAGAGAGGACUCCUCAAGAUCCCACUGGUUUGUCGCGCAGCCUACAUGGAGUCCAUCUCGUACCUCUAUUCCGACAACACCUUCUGCUUCGGCUUCGGCCAGGCCAGCUCGAAGUCAGCACUCACGUUGCUGGACACUAUGCUUCCCAAGCAGCACAUCGCUUCUAUACAACACAUCGAAGUCGGUUGGCAUCUGUAUGCCGGUGUUAGUCAGUACUACGACAGCCACCCUCAAGCCUGGGACAUCACCCUGGAUGUCCCAGCGCCCGAGACUGAAACGCUCUGGAAUAAUGUCUGCGCUGAGCUCGUCAAGCUAUCGCAUCUGCGGACGCUACUGAUUGUGGUCUGGCUGUCUGGUGAUGGGAGAGGACAGUUUGUGGAGAGGGAGAGAGACAUGCUUGCACCACUGUCGGUGAUGGAACAUCUGGAUCGGUUUAACAUCCAUUUGCCAUGGAAGCAGGACGAUCCUGAAUUGUGGAAUGAUGCGCCGUUUUCAAUCUCUAGACGUUUCAGGGUCAAGGACAUGUAUGGUGUGAGCAUUCCGUUACCCGAUGAUGACUUUUACUGGUCGGGUUCAGCUGCUCAACGUAGAAUCUAUAGGUAA